CCCUGCUGUUCUAAAAUCUCAAAGUCAAACAUUUGUCAAAACACAGAGUGAAUUCUAAUGCUGAAGUGUCCUUCACAAUGCUGUCAAUGCAAGGAGCCCAGAUGCUGCAGAAGCUUGAGAAUUCCUUGAGGAAAAGCCUUCCUGCAUCCUUAAAGGUUUAUGGCACUGUCUUCCAUAUCAACCAGGGAAACCCGUUCAAGUUAAAGGCCCUAGUGGACAAGUGGCCAGAUUUUAAUACCGUGGUUGUCCGCCCUGAGGAACAGGCGAUGACAGAUGACCUUGAUCACUACACCAAUACUUACCAAAUCUACUCCAAGGAUCCCAAGAACUGUCUGGAAUUCCUCGGCUUACCAGAAGUCAUCAAUUGGAAACAACAUUUGCAGAUCCAAAGUUCACAUGCCAGCCUGAAUGAGGUGAUACAAAACCUUGCAGCCAUUAAAUCCUUCAAGGCCAAGCAAACAGAAUGCAUCCUCUAUAUGGCGCCUGAGACAGCAAGGAAACUGGCUCCUUCCUUACUGGAUACAAAGAAUUUAUCACCCACGGGUGGCAGACCCAAGGCCAUCAACCAAGAGCUGUUUAAACUCUCAUCCUUGGAUGUCACCCAUGCUGCCUUAGUGAAUCAAUUUUGGUUGUUCGGUGGCAACGAGAGGAGCCAGAGACAUAUUGAACGCUGUAUCCGGGCCUUCCCCUCCUAUUGUCUGCUGGGGCCUGAGGGGAACCCUGUGUCCUGGGGCUUGAUGGAUCAGACUGGAGAGAUAAGGAUGGCAGGUACUUUGCCUGAGUACCGGGAACAAGGCCUUGUCUCCCAUGUUGUUUAUUCCCAAACCCAGGAUCUGGACAAACUUGGCUUCCCCAUCUAUUCUCACACAGACAAGAGCAACAAAGCUAUGCAAAAUAUGAGUCACACUCUGAACCAUAUCACCAUGCCCUGUACCUGGAACCAGUGGAACUGUGUUCCUCUGUGA